GCCAGACAUGAGGUUUACUAUUGCUGUGGCUGUAUAUGGAGACAUAGAUGAUUGUUCUGUAUUCCGUAAAUAACUAGCUAAAGCAUUAGAGUAGAUAACCUCUCCCUCCUAGCGGAAUGUUUAAAAAUUCUCCAGCGCCGCUAAGCUCUUGAAAAUUGGUUUAUUUUUCUCUGUCACUAUAUUUUACCAUUCGAUUUUGAUGGCCUUCAAUUGAUGGAACUUGCUAUUUAUCCCCCCCCCAUAAAUAAUAAAUCUGAACGCACAAUAAUUAACUAUACCCCGGCACAGCAAGUUCUUGAACAUGUCCGCUAGACUUUCUGCCGCAUCGCGUUGGAUCUCCCAAUCGACCCGGCUCGUUCGGAAUGCCGGAGACCUUCGAUAUCGAACUCUGUCACCGUCUCCUACCUUUUCUAUUUCUUCGGCAACGACAAUGUCCCCGAGUGCUGCGACCCGUCGCCUUCCUAGCGUCUGGAGCCGCACCUUUGCAUCUAUGAGAUUAGCAUCACGUCGAGUCACUCCUAAAAACGGGGCAACGAACCUUUACAAGACUACAAUAAAUCCAAGUCGCGUACGACAGAUCCCCCGCCGCUUCAACUCCACAAAAACUAGCAAUGCACAGUCCGAACCUACCUCUCUGUCACAACGGUUGCGCAAGCUCACCCGAGAGUACGGCUGGGCUGGGCUAGGCGUCUACCUGCUUUUGUCCGCUCUGGACUUCCCCUUUUGCUUCGCUGCUGUGCGUCUUUUUGGCGUGGAAAGGAUUGGAUACUAUGAAAGUGUCAUUUUUGGUGCUGCAAAGGACGCCGCCAAUGCCGUGUGGCCCGGAAUCUUGUCCGAUGAUGCAACAUCGGAGAAGAACAGUGAAAGCAACGACGGUAUUUGGACACAACUUGCCAUCGCUUAUGCCGUCCACAAGAGUCUCAUCAUCUUCCGCGUCCCCUUAACAGCGGCAAUCACCCCGAACGUGGUCAAGACUCUGAGGCAUUGGGGAUGGGACCUUACACGAGGCAGACCAAAGGGCAUGUGAUGCCUACUCGUUCAUAUUAUGAUAUUAUAUGAACUAUCCUCCUCACUUAUUAAUGCAUCUAAAGAUACUAACUGAGCUCGACAAAGAAUGCAUGCUUUGCCCGAGAAGGUCUUAAUUGAAUAAAUUUCCCUAGUAUAUAAGAUAAAAGGCAGAAACAGCAGUAAACAAACAGAAGAACUUGAA